ACUGCAUCGCCCGACGCACCACCCGACUCCUCCUGUCCCUCUCCGCAUGGCACCACCCACGGCAAACCAACCGCCCGACACAGACACCCAGGGCAUCGCAGACUCGGCCCCCGCGGGCAAGAAGACAAAGACCACUCGCUCUAGGAAUGGGUGUCUCGUAUGCAGGAGUCGGCGGGUCAAGUGCGAUGUCGGCAAACCGGAAUGCGCGAGGUGCAUCAAGUAUGGCGCGGAGUGCGUCUAUCCGGAGAAGAAGCCGUUCGAUUCCACCAAAGUAGCAGAGAAACUCCGGAAAAGACAUCGUUCCGACCCGCCCGGUUCUGCGGGCCCUUCCAACUCGAGCAUAUCCAUCUCCCCCCAAGACCGCACCGAUGAACCCACCCGCCCUUCCAUCAACCCCAUCAAUGACCACUCUUCCGCCUCCAUCAAUGCAUUUUACAGAUCAUCAGGCAGCGGUAAUACGCCGCUGGCAAAGGUGCGAGCUUUGGACCCGUUUGAGCUGUUGAUGGCGUUGUGCCGGGAUACGAGGAUGGGGCAGUUCUUUUCGGGACCUGUGGAUCCGCCGGAUUUCUUGAAGGAGGCGUUCCCGGUGGCAGAUGAUUUGAGAUGUUUUCAUCAUUGCUUUACCUAUACGCUAUCAAUAUUCGUCACUCACGAAGACUACAACCCCUUCAUCGACCAUGUCAUCCCUCUCUUACUAUUCGCGUCUGGAGAAACACCUCUGAGUACUGGGGCAUUGCGAAAUGCUAUACUAGCUACGGGCGCCGUCCACCUAGCUUCGCUGGAGGAGAAGGGCAGUUCUCCGGAUACGAGCGGCUACACCCGCGAUCUGGGGUUCAAAUACCGAGACGAAGCCGUCAAACUCUUGCGUAUGGCUCAGCAUGUACCGGCAGAGCUGCAGUCGGAUUCGUUCAUCGCUGCGACGGGCACGCUUACAGGCGCUGAUCUACUGGGAGCCCAUCCGAGGUGGCGCGAACCGGUUAGACUUUCGCAUUUGGCUGUCCGAUCUCGGGGGGGUAUGGAGGUGCUUCUGUUUGGGCCGCGGGGGACGCAUCGGCCGACUCCUUUGAAAGUGUGUUUGGUAGAGUAUAUGGUGCUUACCGAUAUGUUUGCGGCGUUGACGACGAAUCAGCCGUGGGUGGUCAUCACGGAGACGGCAACUUGGUGGGAGAAACUCCAUAGUGACGACCCUUCUAUCCCCGAUACGUUUGAGCAGUGUAUUGGCCUCCACCGCGGCAUCGUCCGCCUCCUCUCCCGCACCCACAGCCUCAUAUCCGAAUCCUCCCAAUUCGCGCACCACAUCGCCCUCUCCCCCGCCGCCCCCUUCUCCUUCCCCUUCCUCCCCACCUCCCGCCCUGACCUGCGCCCCCGCAUAUUCCAGCUCUGCGCCGACCUCGACGCGUGGCGCGUGGGUGUAUUGCCAGGGAUAGGGGAUAAGCGGACGCAUGAUGGGAGUUUGGCGAUGUGGCAUGCGGUGGGGAUUAUGGUCGAGAGGGGACUGUUGGGGAGGGGGAGGGAGGAUGAGGGGGUGCAGAGGCAUGCGGUGGAGGUGAUGGAUAUCUGUGUGGGGGUGGGGCCGAAGAUUGAGUUUAUGAAUUGGCCAUUCCUCAUAGCCUCCUCCGUCUUCUACCGCGACCUCGAACGCGACCGUGCCCGGGACGUUAUCAAAGCAUUCGUAUACCAAUGCUCCUACGAGCUCGAUAUACUGGGAACGGUGUCGGAAGAGUGUUGGAGGAGGAUUGAUGCGGGGAUGGAUGAGGAGGCUUGUUCGUGGCAGGAGAUAUUGAUGGAGAUGGGGUAUGCUGUUAUUUUGGGAUGAGGCGGGUUUUUGGGUUUGGUCUUUUCUUCUUGGGAUCUAGGUUAAUGUUAAAGGCGUUGGAAAUGUAAAUAAAAUGUUGUAUCAGUAUUGUGCUCUGCUCUUAUGUGCUAUGCAAUAUGUCAUGGGA